UAUGUACAAUGCUAUUUUCACUUGAUUAUUUACAAACUAAAUGUUUUUUCGUAUUUUCUGUGUACAUUCAAGUGAAUAUAAUGUAAACAUCUCUCACACAGGAGUAAUGUGAAUAAUGGCAAGUUCGUUCGCGAAAGAAGCCUUGAAAAUAUGUGUAGGUCAAAUAUGUCAAAACAUUGGCUGGCAUGCCGUUCAAUCUUCUCCUAUGGAUAUACUUGUUGAUGUUCUACAAAGAUAUGUUUUUGAGAUCUCCAAAUCGGUUCAUCAAUAUAGUAUUCAGUAUAACCGAACGGAACCCAAUCUUGACGACCUGGCCCUCACGUUUAAGGACUUUGGCAUCUCGCUUCAGGAGAUCGAAGAGUAUGUCAACAAUGUGGAGCCUGUGCCAUUCCCUCAAAAAAUCUCGGCCUUCCCCGUACGGAUUCCUGCCAACCUGCAGCACCCGAAGCAUGACAGCCGCGAGCUCUCAGUGAGGCCAGAGCAUGUCCCAGAGUACCUGCCACUCAUGAGACCCGACCUUGAAGAAGAAGAUGCCCUGUUUGGUCAGUCGGUGAUUGAUGGCAUAAAGAAGAACAGCUUGGAAUCGAAUGCUGGUGGUGAUUCUCCUUCCCCAUUCAGCAGCCCCAGACACGGAACAAAGCGCACAGCAGAGUGGUCUGAUUCUCCUAACAAAAAACCCAAAUACUACAGUGAAGAGGAAGGUAGGCCAAUGAGAGAGGUGACAAGUGUGUUUAUGACUCCAGCUGGCUUCAUUUCACCUAUUCAUGAAGGCAAAUCUGCAGAUCCAACCUUACCAUGUCUGGUUGAUUCUCCGCCACCAACACCAGAACUUCCAUCUCACUCACACUCAUCUGUUUCAAUAAAAAAGGAAAGCAAAUCAAAAGACAUCAAAAAAGAAAAAUCCUCCAAAUCAAAAAAAGAUAAAGACAGUAGUAGCAAGAAAGACAUAAAGAAACUCAAAUCAUCCAAGAAAGAGAAGGAAAAUAAGGAGAACUCUGUGAGCAAACAUGACAAGGGGAUGACAUCAUCAUCUUCCUCCAAGAAGGAGCACGGCAGCAGUACUCACAAGUCAUCCAAAUCCGAAAAAAGCUCCAGACCGGAUGAUGUUUCUCAUCAAAAGAGUAAGAGUGACAAAGCCAAGCUAAAAGCUCGAAAAGAAGAGCUCCAUCGGAUGAAAGAAAAUUUCAAAUUGGGGAAGAUGAAGGCAAAGAUGAAGCAUACUGGAUCAGCCUCAUCCAUGAGCUCUAAAUCAUCUAAAAUUUCCAGCUCAAAAAAAUUAAAGUCCAAUAAACUUGCCAAAACUCUGAAAAGUUUCAAGAAUGAGAAGUCAAAGGUUGUCCUCCCUCCUCCGAGUCCUCCUUCGCCACCUUCUGUACCUCCUUCUCCUCCUCCAGCUCCCAUCCCUGUCCAGAUAAAGGAGGAACCUAAGGUUCCAUACAUUGAGCCAAAACUGGAAGUGAAAGAAGAACUUAUAGAACCAGAAGAGGAGGUAAUGUUUAGGGAAGAAUCACCUGAACCCCGGCUGGUCAUUGAUGAUUCUAUAGAGACUCAAGCUCGACAAGAGCGCGAAUCCAGGCUAGAAGUCAUUGAUAAUUGCAUUGAUGCUGUGAUUCGACGUGGGGAAGAAGAAUCUGAGAUGGAGAGUGCAAAGAGCACCAGGGCCAUGGACGAUACAAUCAGUUCUGUCGUACGCGGGCCACCUAUGGUUAAAAAAUUAGAGCCAAAAGACAUCUAUGACUUUACUGACACUUCUGAUAGUUCCUCAUUGUCCUCCAGUGACUUGCAACCCCAUUCACCCAUCCAUGUGCCUCCUAAAAAGGAGAAGAAGUCUCCUGAGACAAGCAAAAAGUUGGUUGGAAGUCCCAAGAGGAACAAAAACAAAGAAAAGCAAAAGAAGAAAAACACAAAAGUUAAAUCCCCCACUUCCUUUUCCAGCCAUAAAUCACAAUUUAUGCUAAAAGUUGAAGAACGGACGCCAUCUCCAGUUGAUUUAAAAGAUGAUUUGCUGAGCAGUGACGAUUCCACUCCGUCUGCAUCACCUCAGCACAGCAGUUUCUUUGAUCAGUCACAGUCCUUGUCGGGACAUGUGCCAGCUCCACCUUUGCUAUCCCACGUACCUGCCAUGCCACCGCCCUUUGUCCCAGCCGUGGGCUACUCCACCAGUCCAUUUGCCGGGAUGCGUCCAUUGCCAUGCCACAUGCAAACAAAUCCUCACUUCCCCACACCUCCUCUGUUUGUAACACCCGCAAAAUCUGAAUCCAAGUCUUCUCUCCAGACCAUGCAGCCUCUCAAUCUGGCAAAAUCAGGCCCAUCUUCACAGAAGAGCUCGCCUGAAAAACCUGAAACCACACCACCGAAAACUGAACCUUCAGAUUUAAUCAAGAAAGCAGCAAGCAUAUUAGAUAAGGCUAAGACAAAAGAUCACAAGAAGGAAAAGCUGAAGAAAAAGGGGAAAAAAGAGGUUGAAAAGUUUAAGGAGAAGAAAGAAAAAGAAGAAAUCAAAGAGAAAGUGAAGCCCAAAGACAAACCAAAAAUGAAAGUUGAAAAAAAUAUUAAGAUGGAGAAAAGGAAAUCAAAAAUGGAAAAGAAAAAGACUAAGGACAAAGAAGAAAAGGUCAAAGAAGAUAGUGGUGUGCCAAAGAUGACCCUAAAAUUCACUGGUGGGCCAGGCCCAACAAAAAUCUAUGUUAAACCUAAUACAAAAAAUUCCACACCAUUAUCUAGCAGCCCUUCACCAUCCGAAGAGGAGGAACCAGUCCCUUCACCGCCAGCCUCCCCCUUGCCACCCCCAAGGGAGCCAACGCCUCCCCCGCCCCCCAGGGAACCCACCCCACCCCCCAGGGUUCCCACCCCUCCUCCAAAAGAAGAAACUCCCCCGCCUGUAUACAUGCCGCCUCCUACGCUGUCAGCAACAAAGAGCAGCAGGGGUAGAGGUCGUGGCAGGAAAGCCGCUGCACAGCCUGUGCCUCCAGCAAGGACUGUGAUUACGGAGACACUGGGAACCAUUGUUGAUGAGAGCGGAAAUAAGAUUUGGAUCUGCCCUGCAUGCUCCAGAGCCGACGAUGGCAGCCCCAUGAUUGGAUGUGAUGAAUGCGAUGACUGGUAUCACUGGGUGUGCGUCAACAUUGUCGUUCCUCCUAAAGAAGAGGAGAACUGGUUCUGCAGCCGUUGUAUCAGUAAGCGUCAGAGUUCCAAUACUAAGCGCCGCAAGAGGAAGCACAAGAAAGAGAAGUAAUAUCGACGCCAUCAUGUAUGAGAACAUUUUAUACAUCAUGCUUUAUAAAGAUAUUACAUUAUAGCUCCUUUUCAUAACAUCCGUCGCCAGUUUGGUUUGUGUGAUUUUAACAAUGAACUAGUGUGGAUGGAUUGGUUUCCACAAGAUGCAAAGGAGGGUGAAUGGAAGUGUAGCCUGUCAAUUCAUUGUAAUGCAAAUUUGUCAUAAAUCAAAUCAUCAUGAUCUCAACCGAUUACUUCCUUCAUCAGAGGUUCUAAGCAGUUAAAGCAUUUUGGUGCCUUUCAUGUGUUCCUUUAAAAUAUGAAUAAUAUUGAACCAUAAAAUAAAACUUUCAGAUAUAAAAUUGAAAAAUUCCUACUCUUGA